AUGGCCAGCUGGGUGUUCUGUAACCGCUGCUUCCAGCCGCCUGGCCAGGCGUCGUGUUUCAGCCUGACCAGCUGCGGGCACGUGUACUGCGAGGCCUGCCUCAGCAAAGGUAAAAAGGAUGAAUGCUUGAUUUGUAAAGUUCCUUGCCAUACAGUUUUACUUUCAAAACAUACAAGCUCAGAGAUUCAGGCAUUCUUUAUGGGCAUAGAUGAUCUGUGUAAGAAGUACUCCAGAGAAACCUCCCAGAUUUCAGAAUUUCAAGAAAAACACAGGAAGAGAUUGUUAGCCUUCUAUAGAGAAAAGAUCUCCACGUUGGAAGAGUCUCUUAGGACAUCAAGGCUGCAGAUGGAAGAGCUGCAAAGUAUGAGAUCGUCACAACAAGCAGCUUUCAGCACAAUAAGACAGUCACUUUCAACUCCUUCCGAAAAACCAGGGGGACGCCUGUGGCAGCCACUCAGCUCCGUGGGCCCUGACAGAGUGGAGUCGAUGGACGUCGAUCUUCCUGCUUCCCUGGCGAGAAGACCUGAGAUAGCCACUGGCCCUACAAGAAUCUCUUUGAUUAGUCCACCCCAAGAUGGACGCAUGGGCAGUGUCUCCCACUGGGGCCCUCAGCAUCUCAGCCUGACGCCAAGUCAGACGAGUGUGUCCAGUGCUCUCAGGAUUCCACCACUGCACAUCCCCUACAAGGGACUGUCACAGACUCCGACAUCCCAGCUAGCAGGCAGAGUGAGCAGGGGGGGUUCUCCCUGCCCCGGCAGCUCCCAGGCUGGGCCGCCCUCCCAGGCCCCAGCACCCAGGCAGCCAAUCAGCAUCCCGGACCUAAUGCGGAGGCAGUGUUCAGACUUGGCCCUGGGAACCCAGGAGCUGGUGAGAGGGCAGGAGGAGGGUCGGCAGCCUGGUCAGGAGACCCCGCAGCCCCUGCAGAUUGAGUUGUAUUGGGGGAACAAUUGGAAAGCCCCAGAACCAGCAGGAAGUUCAAGGAGGAGCCAGGCUCAGGAAGCGCCCCACGGCUGCCCAGCUUGGCCUGAGUGCUCGCUGGCCAACCCUGCCUCUGCAUCGGCCCUCCAGGCUCAAGUGUCCACCCACCACCUGGCCCGGGAGGUGCCUGUGCCCCCAGCCAGCGUCCAGGGGCGGUGCCCUGAUGCUCACCCGACCUGGACCCCCAAGUUCAGUGGAGCUUGGGCUGGUAGUCCGAGGGCACAAAGCCCACUCCCCAGGCAUGUGUGUGGCCGUUGA